AUGGAAAUGGAACUUCCUCAGAGCUUAUGGACAAGAUAUGACACAUUCAUGGUGAACUAUUUGGCGUCGGGAGCUUUUACCGGCAACUUAGUUAAUAAUCCGGUAUCUAAGUACAUUACCGAAGUAUUAGCAUUUGCAUUUCUCGUUGUCUUAAGUUACGAAAUAAUAUACUGGUGCGGGAUAUAUCUUAGUUUAUGGGAAUACCAUGCUAAAGAUAUCUUCACUGAAGUUCCAAUACACUGUGCUCACGUCUUCAUCAGGUUAAAUGUGGCACCGGAAGAUAGUAUUACGACAGUACGGGAAUAUUAUGAGACAAAAAGAAAGAAUAAAUAUCUUCCUUGGAACUCCUCGACUAAAUUGUAUUCGAAGGCAUUUAAAUUAAACACUUUCAUCAAGUAUUACUUUGAAUUUAGUCCAGAGGACUUUAAAGGGAGCAAGGAACCAGAAUUUGGUUCUACCAUAGAACAUUUACGAUUGAAAGUUUUGGAUUUGUUUCAAAAUUCUGAUAUUUAUGCAGAGUAUCAUAAAGAAACGCCUUUGACGAAAGAAAACGUUUUAAUAUUUAACAAUAGAUUAGAGGAGAUCAAAGAGGUGGACAAUUUGAACUAUUUGAGUAAAGUGCGAAUUGAAACUGGCAAUGCAGUCGACUGCGUAGUCAUAUAUUAA